CAAUUGUCAAUUUUUUAGCUGUUGUGAAAUAAAUAAAUGCGAAAAUCGUUUUUAAUUGUGAUUUUCUUGAAGUAUAGAUUGCUUUUAUUUAAUUUUCAUUAAAUUCUUUUAUAUCUAAUAAGAGUGUAGAUAUUUUCAACUUAAACAAAAGCUAGUGUUAAAUCAUUGAUGUUAUUUCAAGUGGUGAUAUUUAACACAUAACCUCUUUAAUUUUCAGUCGAUUUUUUUUGUUUAUUAAAUAAAUAGAUAAGAUCGUUGCUGUUUUGGUGAAAUUACGCUGAUGUUCUAAAUGCUCCGAGUGAUAUUGUAAUAAUAUGGAUGAUGACUCUAAGGAGUAUAGAAGAAAUAAACCACAACAAAAAUUUUAUAAACCAGGCAGUGGUCCGUUGAGACGCUCGAGUUAUGGUUUAGAUAUUAAGAUGGAUCAUUAUGGUUCUCAGAAUUCUAUACCAGACGAAACAGUUGAUACCAACCGAGAUAAUUCUUUGAACAACUCGCGUCCCAAAAAACCUGAGCAGCAAUUAUAUGUACCGCGAUUAAUUGAUGCGAGCUUAGACGACAGGCAGACCAAAUCUAGAAGUGAUUAUUCUAGUCAGUUCAACAAUAAAAAAAUGUCCAAUAGGCAAGACAACUUUAACAGUGGAUCUGGUUCAUAUGCUAGGUCUAGUUCAAGAAGAGACAGAACAUAUUUCGAAAACCAUUUUAAGGAUAGUGGCAGUAAUGAUGUUAAUAGCAAUUAUAAGCAGGUGUCUGGUUCUAGAUCCACAUCACCAUCACUUGCUCAAGAAAGAAAUACUGUGGAUAGAAAUCGUGACAGUAGGAGUAUGGAGUCUUCUGCUGCCCGCCAUUUUACUGGUGGUGGUAAACCACCAUCAGGUCGCAGAAAUUCUGGAGGUUAUUUGUCAGAUUCAUCAAGACCUAAAUUCAUGGGAAAUAUAGAUAAUAUACCUCCAAGAUUUAGGAAGAAAUUUUUAGAACAAUCUGGUCACCACAGUUUUGAUAGUUUUGAUCAAAUAAACAAGCAUUCUUUAAACCAGUCUAGUUAUAAUCAAAGUCACUUUAAUAAUUCAAAUUUGAAUUGGUCUCAGACACUACCAUCAAGAGGGCGUGGACGUUUGCGGCAAGAAGGGAUUGAUAGUGAAAAAUUUAUUCAUUCUUACAUGACUAAUUGUGAAGUACCAAACUCUGGAAGGUCAACACCAUGUAGUACAUAUGUAAAUCAUUGUGAGACUAAUGCCCUGGACAGAAAACAAGACAGGGAAGAUAUCAUGACUAAAAAUGACAGUCCAAAAGACUAUUAUGAAAGCACUAUAAACAAUAGGUUAAUUGAUUCCAAUGAUGUUUCCGGCCAAAAUGAAUCAAUUAAAGAAUCUCAACUUGAGUGUGAUACAAUAGCACAGAUUACAAAUAGCCUGCAAGAUAUGACUAAUUUAGAUUGGAGAGAAGAGGUUGAUAAAAAUAUCAAACUUGAUGAUCCUUCUGAUUCAUCUAUUACUUUUUCGCAAAGUUUCAAUCCGCCAGUUUCCCAAGAAAUCAAACCUUCCAGUUCACAAGAAAAUAAACCAAUAGGUGCUCAAGAAAAUAUGCAAGGUGAAACUCGUGAAUCUAAAAGAAAAUCAAAACGUAACAAAAGAAGUUCUAGCAGAGGACACAAAAACUCUGAAAAGAAGGAAAGGAACAGAAAAGAUAGCAAUGCAAGCAUCCAACUUGAGCCAGAAAGACACCGGAAAGACAGUAGUGUCAGUAUACAGCAUGAAACAAUAUUUUCCAACUUGAAGCAGAGAGAAAGAGAACGAAAAGAUAGUCAUAAAAGCAAUCGUUCCUCUACACUUGGAAACAGCAGAGAUGACCUGGAUCGCUGGAGGUCAUUGAGAUCAUACAGCCGUGAACAAAGUGUAGAAGGGAGGAUAGUAUCACAAUGCAACAGUAGAGAUACAUCAGUGAAUCGCGCCAUGAGUCCAAGAGAUAGUGAUGGAUUCAGAGUUCCAUCAUCAAAAUCUGCUACAUGGACAGCUGCUAACCAGAAAAAAAGUAACGGUUCUUGGGUCCGGGGUCGUACUGGAAGUGCGGAGCGCGGGCGCCAGUCGCCGGCGGGCGGCGGCGCGGGCGCGGGCGCGGGGGACGCCGCCGCCGGGGGCCGCCGCGCCCGCAAAGGGGGGUCCCGUCGCCGCGGGAGACACUCUGAGCCCGCGCAUCAUCCACUACCCACGACCAACUCCUCUGCUACCACUAAUUGGCGGGAGGAGAUAUUGGAGUCAAAAAAGCACUCCACGCAUGAUAGGCAACAAGAAAUCCCUACCCAAAGAAGUAGAAAAAAUAGUACAAUAACUGAUAAAUUGGCCACUGAAUCCUCCACAGCUCAUCCUGGCUUGAUUAUUUUACCACAGGGUACACAUUUACAGAAAGAACAAGGGAGAGGCACGGAAACACAGAAAACGUUAUAUGAUCACCACAAUCCAUCCAAACCUAUAAUCGUACAAACUAGUCUUAAUAAAGUAGAUAGUAGAAUGGAAAGAGAUCUCCCGGCAGGCGCGGGCGGUGGUGGGGGCGGGGGCGAGGCGCGGUGGCGCGGCGGGGACGAGGCGGCCGAGGCGGACGAGGCGGCGCGGGGAGCGCGGCACCGCGACCUGCUGCACAGGGUGGACCGCGCCGACGCCAUCUUGCAGACGCAUGCGCUCGGCGGACCGUUGGCACUUGCCGCCAAUUGGCCGGACGUUGUUGAUACCAGAAAGUUCCUACAAAACGCUCUACACCAUCUUUUGAUGUCUGACCUAAAAUUUUGCCAAGCUGAAAACACCGAGCAUCAUUUUUGGAAGAUCCUGUAUUACAAUUUUAUUGAAGUUUUAAGAAAAAGUUUUACACAUAUCGCCCCGGAAAACAAACCAGAGAUAUUAAAAUUAUUAAAUGUUAUUAUUGAUGAAGGAAAUACUUACUUUGAAAGUUUGGUGCAAGCGUUGGAGAAGACAUACAAAUUUAAUGUAGAUGAUUAUAUUAAUGACAAUCACGUCCUGCCGCCUAAAGGAUUGGGUUAUAUCGGCCUUGCAUUGAUCUCAGUUCAAAAACUUUACAUUUUCCUCGGAGAUUUAGCAAGGUAUAAGGAACAAGUAAAUGAGACAAAUAACUAUGCUAAGAGUAAAUAUUGGUACACUAAAGCGCAACAAAUCAAUCCGAAAAAUGGGAGACCUUAUAAUCAGUUGGCCCUUUUGGCUGUAUAUGCUAGAAGAAAAUUGGACGCAGUUUACUAUUAUAUGAGGAGUUUAAUGUCAUCAAAUCCAUUUAGUUCAGCGAGAGAAAGUUUAAUAACAGUAUUUGAUGAGAAUAGGAGAAGGUAUGAAGCAGCAGAACGCAAGCGACGCGCGGCCGCCGAGACGAGCCGCACUACGGAGAACGGGGACACUGCACAGAGCGGACACAGCGGCUGUGGGCUUCGGCGUGAGGUUUGGGUGCGGCCCAGCGGCCACCGGACCACCACACUUCGCCCGCAAACUAUGGACGAAGACUUUGCAUCCAUGAGUUCAGUAGAGUUAAACAAAAAUUUUAUAAUUAGUUAUGUACACGUGCACGGCAAGCUUAUAACAAAAAUUGGCAUGGAGACGUUCUACGAGUCUGCGUCUUUGAUGCUCCGUCAAUUCCGUGCCUUGCUCACCCGUCAGCCGCUGCCUACCCCCGCCCCGCGUCUGCUACAACUCACUGCGCUUAAUAUGUUCGCGGUCGAGACCAUAGUGUCGAGUAAUAAAGAUGCGAGUAGCAAUGGUGAGAGGUCUGCGUGGUUGCAAUGCGCGCUAGGAGUGGCACUGUUGAUGUACGGCGUCAUGUUGGAGCGCUGCUGCGCGCUGUUGCCCGAGCCGCCACACGCGCAACAACACACUGAUGCGUUGCUGUUGUUACCCGCCAUCAAGGUGUGGUCUGACUGGAUGUUAUGCCACAGUAGAGUAUGGAAUCCUCCCCCAGCGUUCAAUAAUUUCGAUAUUGAAAGCGAUUACGACCCGUGGGACUGGCUGGCGAAACUGAUGAACAUCCUAGAAGCUCUAGAUGAUAAGUCAAUAGAAUUGGAAUAUGAACCAAAAGAAGGUUACACGCCUGUUCGUUUGGCGGAGGACGCAUCGUUGGGGGGGUUCACUCCCCUUAUGUACAUGGAGCCGGCGACGGCGUGGGUGCGGCCCGACCCAGCGACGUCGCUCCAGGUGGCCGAACACGCACUGAGGACAAGGAAACUGCUGUUUUUCGGCACAGAAUACCUCGUGGGUGUGGAGCCGCCGGUACUUCGACUAGAGUACCCCGGCGAUGCGCCGCCGCGGUACGUGAGCGCCGUACAACGCGUCCAACCCAACCAUCCGCCGCUACAUCACUUGUCAGAGGAUUCAGAAGAUGAAGACAGUGCCAGCGGAGCUACCAGCGGGCCGACCAGUCUCGGCGAAGGGCUCGAGGGUCCCGAAGCACCGGACGAAGCAACACGCAGGCUGCUCAGGCGUAAAGAACAAUUGGAGUCACGGAAAGCCAACUUGGAAAAACGCAGGGAACGCAUGCAAGAAAUACUGCGCAGCGGUUGGGUGAGCGUAGAGGUCGAAGUGCGGCCUCGUUGGCUGGUGCCCGACACCAACUGCUUCAUCGACCACUUGCCGCGGCUGGCGGCCGUCGCGGGCCAGCCGUCGCCGCCGUACAUGUUGGCCGUGCCGCUCGUCGUGAUGACGGAACUUGAAGGUCUGAAGAAAUGCGAUCGAGUGGGUCAGAGUGCGCAAGCUGCUUUAUCGUGGAUGAGUGGCGCGGUGAAGUCGGGGGGAGUAAAGCUUGUGACGUCACGAGGGUCGCUGUUGACGUCUAGCACCUUCACCGCUGAAAGGGAACAGCAGGCCGCGACAAAUGAUGACAGAGUUCUUGCGACUGCCACUAAUUUGCAGGCCAACUUCACUUCGCAAACAGAGUCGCCGCGCGAGGAAGCGGGCGAUCCUGCGAGAUGCGUGAAGCGCGUGUGCGAAGUGGUUCUGUUGACGGACGACCGGAACUUGCGGGUGAAGGCGCUCGCCGCGGAAUUGCCCGCCAGAGAUCUGCCAUCCUUCAUGCAAUGGGCGGGCUUGACGCACGACACGAAUCUGAUGAAUAAAAUGGAUGAAAAACCUUCAGUAAAGCAGUGAUGGUCCGCGAGCGAUUAGCUGUUGGAACAUGACCGGCGCCACCUUACGAUUGUUGUCGGAGACGUUUCUAAUGUUGUAGAUAUGACGGUGCCGAGAAUGGUAUUCGACGAUCUCAGGAGGCGGCUCGAGUGCGCGGCACACUAGUUUAGGAAUUGAAUAGAUUAAGUAAAAAUAAAUACACCAAUAGACACUUUAAUUUUAUAAUAUGCUUUACAUUCUACUCUUUUGCUCCUGGGCUACGUUUUUAAUCGUUAUUUUUAUAUUAUUUUCAGUUUUAUUAUUAAGAUAUCAGAUAAAUCGUAAAUAAAAUGUUGCUGAUUUUUAUUUUUUGUAAUAUAUUAAGUAUAUAUUUUUUUUUUAUUUUGUAGCUAGGUUGUAGUUACAAAAUGUACUGUAUAGACCUAUGAUAACAUCAAGUACAUAUGGCAUAGUAUGUUUUCGUUUAUAUGUAAUAAAAUAAAUUAAUGACGAAUUAUUCUUAUUGAAUGAAACAAAGUAACUACACUGUUAUGAAUUGAAAUCUGUAUAAGUUAUUUUUAAUGGAAUUUUAGAAUUAGUUUUGAGUAAACUUAAUUUAACUUGAUGAAUUUGCAUGAACGCACCAGUGUCUUGUGCCAUUCGUUUAUAAGAGUAAAUUUGGCGUGCAUUAAAGGGUAAAUUUUAGCUAAUGUAAAGUAACCCAGGGCUGUCUUUUAGUCUUUCAUUGUUGCAUUCAUAACUCACCUUCAUAUUUGUAUCACGUGUUUCAUUAUGGUGUUAUAAAUCGUUUCGUGUUACAAUGACAUUUCGUGUUUUGAUACAAGUUAAAAUAUAUCUGCCACUGAUAUUAGUUGCGUGUAUUUUUCAUAUACAGAAAGUUUGACACCUAAUACAGAAAAAAGUAAAUGCAUUUUCAUUCUGCAAAUAAUAUUUUAAUAAAAAUCGUUUCCAUUUUAUAAAUUUAAGCAUUAAAAUUAAAUGGUAUCUACGAAAUACUUCCGAACCUUCAAGAGUGCUGAGAGAAACUAAAGAGUACAAUUAACUCACACUCACCAAUACUAACAUGAACGUAUUUUACUUAAUAGAUAAUAAAAUUUAUAUAACAAUACAUUAUGUGAAAUACUGAGAACUAUAUUAGUUAUAGAAACAAGUUCUUUUUGAAACAAAUUUGAUGCUGUUACUUUUGUCUUAAUCAUGAAGUUUUAAUAAACAUUGAAU